AUGUUUCCUUCGUCGGCAUUCAUACCGUUACAAACAAAAUGUCCAGUGCGUACUACUUCAGGAAAUGGAAAAACGUCAUCAAGAAUUUGGAUACAAUAAUAAAUCUCGAUUUGGAAUAUCAGGAUACCAAAGCUCACGAUCAGCAGUGGUGUGAUGCCGUCGAGCGUCUGUCGGGAAUGCUCGGCACUUAUAUCGCUUCUUAUAAUGACGCUGUCGAAUGUUUGCACCAAAAUUUACAAAUCCAGAAAACUUUGUAUAUGUCUAAUAUCGUUGAUGCCAUCGUUGCUCGGAUUCUGGAACUUAAAGAACAAUUAAGAAAAUUAGAAGGUUCUUGUUACCAGUUCUUAGGUAACAGUUUAUUUGACCAUAAAUUAACGUCCUAUGAUGUAGAAUUUUCGCAAUUGUCAAAUCAAUACAAAAGAUCAGAAGACAUAGAAACGGCUGUGACUGAAGCGUUACAAAAAGCUAAGAAUAAGUCUGAAGAAACAAUAGUUAAUAUAGACAAAGAAAGACCGAGCGAAAAUUUAACAGAAAAGCUGAAAUGGUGGGACGCCGGUGAAACGUUGCCUGAGGAAGACCAUCAAGGUAUAAAUAUCACGAAAAUUUAUGAAGUGGCAGAGAAAAUAUCGGAGGAAAGUUUGGAGAGGAAGAAAAUGAUUGCUGUAAUACAAGCCCAUGAAAAGACCAGACAAGUAACAAAACUAUUUACACAACGGAAGCAAAGACGAGAACUAUGGGAGAAAGAAUUAAAAGGGAUUUUGAACCCUCCUGCAAAAAGAGUUCUGAGAGAAAGAAGUGCGAAGAUCAUACAAAUUGUGAUGAGAUCAUACUUCAAGAUUAAGAGAGAAAGACUGAAGCUUUACAAACGAGAAGAACUUUUACAAAUGAGAUUCUGUGAAAGGCCUAAGAAAGAGUAUAUUCAAAGAGAUAAAGAGAUAAAACUAAGAAACUUUGAAACUUAUCAAAGAUACAAGGAAGAAUGGGAAAGGGACUGUGAGGAAUAUAUGAAAGAUUUCAAGAAACGACGAGGCGAUGAAAUUGGUGAAGAAUUUAGGGAUUGUAUCAGAAACUGGUUUGAAAAGUGGUAUUACGAAGCAAAGUUUUUCUAUGAUAUUCCGAAGGAGAACCAAGGAGGUACUCUAUUAAUAAUUAAGGAAGAAAUCCCAACUCCUUCCGAGUGGUUACAGAAGUAUGAAGCUUAUUUAGAAGAAAAGAAAGCUAACAAGAAUAAAACAGCUCUCCAGCUUAAAUAUGAAAAGCUAGCAGCCAAAGAAGAGGAAAUGAUGUUAAAAAGGGAAGAAUUAAAGAAAAAGAAAUUAGAGGCCGAGUUACUUAAGAAAAUUAUGAAAAAUCCUACCCUACAUCCAGGUUACAACUAUCCUUUAUCGAAAAAGAUUAAACAUUUAUGCGAGAGUCUUGAGAAGUACAACAAAGAUUGGUCUGAUUUGGAUUCUGAAGAAAAUAUAGAUGUAAAAGAAAAAUAUGUUAAAAUUAUCAACGAAGAUUAUUUGUGUAUGGUCGCUAAAACAGAAAUAUGCACUGAAUCAGGAUCUUACAUGAGGGAUGAAAUAAAAACAUUGAAGAAGGCUUUGACCGAAGAAUAUAAGAACAACGAGGAGAUAAUGCCAAGUAAAAUCCCUGAAAAGAAACAUCGCACAAAGAAAACUCGUCAAAUAAAAAAACAAACAGCAGAUAUUAGUGACAAACUUCUUGAUUUAGCUGAAAAUAAUGUCCUUAAAGAAUAUCCAAAAACUAUUUUCGCCGACUUUUUAGGUGACUUCAAUUACGCUGGAGACGAUAUGAGAUGUUCCUUAAGAUCUCCGCUACCGUUUGGUGGAGAAACUAGAACAAUUUGGUGGGAAAGAUGCAGAGAAGUUAUGCACGGGUUUAGGAAGGUUCUAUUAGUGGGACCAAGAGAUAGUGGAAAAACAACUUUGGUUCACAUUAUGGCAACCGAAUGCGAUGCUGUUUUAUACGAGUUGGAUCCAUUGCAAAUCGCCGUAGAGAAUCAAACCUCAGAACAUUUAAAACAACUUGUUAAUGACACAGCAGCCUGCGCUAAAGUUACUCAACCGUCUGUCAUACACAUGAAAAACAUUAACUUGUUAUUCUCUUCAAAGGUUCCACCGGAAUAUUCUUACAUGAAAAUGGAUCUUAUAAAGCGAUAUUUUAUCCGACAAUUGUUCAAGAAAAUCCAUAAACACGAUAAUAUCACGAUAGUUGGAAGUUGUGUAAAUCCCUGGAUGACGAGAAGCAAACAAAUGUUGAAGAAGUUUAAAUCCGUAGUACUACUCCCAGACACGAACUAUUCAACCGUACAACUUAUCUUGAGAAACUGGGUCUUAAAUAAUCGCAUCAUUCCGUUGAAUCUGGAUACACACAGUUUAGCCUACGUUCUAAGAGGAUAUCCCUUUGGUAUGCUAAUUACAGCUUUAGAAGAAUUUCUGACAGCUGAACGAAUUAUGAAGAUCGCCUGCUUUGGACUGAAAUCGACCGAAGUCUACAAUUACAUCGUUGAAAACUACAGUAACGUUGAAUCUGAUUACGAUAAGUAUAAGAAUUGGUACAUAAACAAUACUUACUGGGGUAUUAUGGAGAGUAAACAUUUGGAGGAACGUUUACAAUUUAAAGCUCGGCUCGAUGAGUGGAACGAGAAGACGAAGAAAAAAAAGCAACGAAAUAAGGCGAAGUAGAAUUCUUUAUAUGUUUAAUAUUCUCGCAAGGAAUUGUCACAAUAAAGAAGUUGGAUUCA